AUGAAUGAAACUAGAAAAUAUAUGUUUUUGGGAGCUGCCGCCAUUAUUUUUCUAUUGAUUUCUAUUUUCACUAUUCGGAAUUUAUUUUAUGCUGGAGAUUUUGCAGAAAAUGAAAAAUUGAAUUUGAAAUCGGAAAAUACGAAUUCAGAAAUUUUAAGCCCAAGCACAGGUACUUAGGCUAACCUUAAAGCAUUUUUUAAAAAUUUCCAGAUUCAGGUCCUGAGAGGAAAUUAAAAAUGGUGCAAAUGAUUUGGCGACACGGUGAUCGAGCACCAGCAGGACUACCGUAUCCAAAUGAUAAAAAUGAUGAGAAAAUGUGGCCGAGAGGUUGGACUCAGUUGACUAAUGUGAGCAAUGUUUUUUGGAAAUAUUUUUGGGAUCUUUGUGGAUGACAAUUCUACUGAAGAUUUAUUUCAGAAUGCAAAAUUUGAUAAUUUUUUGAAACAGUUAAAUAAUUUUGUGAGAGCAAAAAAUUAGCGAAAAGUUUUCUGUUAAAAAUUUUUGAAACAGUAAAUUUUUUGAAUAAAAAAAUUUACAGUUUCAAAACUAUGAGAAAUGACUAAAUUACUUUUCAGAGGAAAAAACGGAGUCAAAUUUUCACUGUUUCAAAAAUAUUGCUUAAUUUUUGAGAUAAUAUUCAAAUUUGAUUCGAAAAUUAUUUUCUACAAGAACUAAACUUGAAAAAUCAAAAUAAAAAUUGAUAUGAGCAAUGUUUUAAAUGUUCAAACUUCCACGUGGAUUUUUAGCGCCAAAAAACUUGAUUUUCUACUGUGGUUUCUAUUUUUGUAGAUAGUUCCCAACAACUCAAUAAUAUUUCAUAAAAAUAAGCAUUAUUUUUGAAACAGUGAAUUUUUUUGAAACGUUUUUUUGUGAAUUAUUUAUGAGCAUAAUCUUCCAGCAAAAAAAUUAGCCAAAAGUUUUCUUAUAAAAAUUUCUUGAAACAGUAAUUUUUUUCGAAUAAAAUAAUUUACUGUUUCAAAAUUUCUAUUAAAAAAUGUGGCUAAAUUAAUUUUCAGUAGACUAUUGAAGGAAAAUUCACUGUUUCAGAAAUAUUUUGAGACAAUAUUCAAACUUGAUAAAGUGCUGUCUUCUCCAUAGAUUCGAAAAAUUUCAAAUUUAUGAAAUCCAAAUAUAUUUUCCAGAAAGGAAUCAGGGAAGCCAGAAACCUUGGGAAAUUCUUCCGAAACUAUUACAAAUCCAGCGGAUUCUUGCAAGAAUUCAACAAAGAUCAAAUCUAUAUUCAAUCAAGUAACACUGAAAGAACAAUUAUGACAGCUCAAGCAUUUUCAGCCGGUUGUUUUCCACCAACUGGAAAUUCGAUUUGGGAUAACUCAUCUCUUUCUUCCUGGCAACCAACACCAAUUCACACAAGUCGACCUGGUUCAGAUCCUCUUCUAAACAAUAAUAUCAAAUGUCCAAACUACAGAAAAAUUCAUAAAAAAGAGAAAAGGAUCGUAGCUCGAAAAAUCGAUGAAGAAUAUGCAGAGCUCUUCAAAAUGCUCCAAAUUUAUACUGGAAAAAAAUCUGAAAUUCGUUAUGGAAAUGUGGAUAAUUUGUAUAGUAUUCAACGGGAGAUUUAUCAUAAAAUGAAGCAGCCAAAAUGGGUUUUUGAGUUGUGGAAAAAUAAAACAAUUAUAGAACAUUUGAUUGAGCUCAAGAGAAUUACAAUGAAUCAAUAUUAUAAUUCGAAAGAGAAGGCGAAAUUAAAAGGAGGAUUUUUGGUGAAUAAAUUGAUUCAGAAUAUGUUAGACUAUAAUUCAAAUUUGUCAACUAUAAAUACAUAUUUAUAUUCUUCACAUGAUACAACACUUAAUGUACUUGGAUAUGCUUUGAAUGUUUCUGAUCAUCAACUUGUUCAUUAUGUUGCCACUUAUAUUUUAGAACUUUAUGAUGAUGAUACUGUACAGGUUUGAGUUAAAAUUAUCUUAUAAUUGAAAUUUGCGUGAAAAUGAGGCUAAAUAUGGCAAAAGUUACACUAACUUCCAAAAAAUUUUUGAAUUUUCAGAUUUUAUAUCGAAACUCGAAUGCAAAUCCACAUUCUUUGAUUAUUCCUGGAUGUGAACAAUUCUGUCCAUUGGAUAAAUUUGUGAAAUUAUUGGAGAAUGUUAGAGUAAAAUCAUUGAAGGAAUUAUUUGCGAUUUGUGGAAUUUAA